AUGAUGUCCGACAAAGGACAGUUCACGAGGUUCCUCGUGGUGUUCCUGGCAGCCUCCUUCCUGGCUUUACAAGCCUCUGCAAAAGCUGUCUUUGCUCAUUUCAUGGUAGGCAAUACAGCCAGAUAUACAGUAUCCGACUGGAAGAACGAUAUCUCCCUUGCUCAGGAUGCUCAUAUCGAUGCCUUCGCUCUCAACAUUGCACAUGGAGAGGCCACGAACGACAAGUCCAUUGCUGAUGCCUUUGCCGCUGCUGAAAGUCUUGGCUUCAAGUUGUUCUUCUCAUUUGACUACGCUGGGAAUGGACCGUGGCCACUCUCCGAGGUCACAAGGCUUUUGAAGCAAUACUCCUCUAGUUCUGCUCAUUUCCGCCACAACAACAAGCCGUUUGUGUCAACUUUUGAAGGGCCGGCAAACUCAGAUGACUGGGUUACGAUCAAGGCAGAAACGGGUUGUUUCUUUGUGCCCGAUUGGUCUUCCCUGGGUGCCAAACCAGCACUGCAGCUUAGCGGAGGAGUUGCCGAUGGACUGUUCUCCUGGGCAGCUUGGCCAUGGGGAGACAGAAAAAUGAACACCUACGUUGAUGCUUCUUAUCUUCAAUACCUGGCGGAGGCUGGGAAGCCCUACAUGAUGCCCGUUUCUCCAUGGUUCUAUACGAACAUGCCCGGGUACAACAAAAACUGGGCCUGGCGUUCAGAUGAUCUGUGGUAUGACCGAUGGAUUCAAGUAUCUUACAUCCAACCUGAAUGGGUUGAGAUCAUCUCAUGGAAUGACUACGGAGAAUCGCACUAUAUCGGUCCUUUGAACGAUAAGGCAUAUGUGGCUUUUGGCACAGGCAAGGCACCAUACAAUUACGUGAUUGAUAUGCCACACGAUGCUUGGAGACUUCAGCUGCCAUAUGCCAUCGACCUUUACAAAUCCGGCAAACCAUCAAUUAAGGAAGAGAGUGUUGUGAUGUGGUAUCGGAGGCAGCCAACUUCCAGAUGCUCGGACGGAGGUACCACUGGAAACACAGCCAGCCAGCUACAAAUUGAAUUAAGUCCAUCUUCUGUUUUCGAGAACAGGAUUUUUUUCACAGCACUGCUGGCCUCCAAUGCCACCAUCACCAUCAGCAUUGGUGGCCUUGAGUUUGAGGGCAGUUGGGAUUCUGAGCCAGAUGGCGGUGUGGGCCUAUACCAUGGAAGCUUCCCAUUUAAUGUGCACCUCCUUGGAGAAGUCAUCGUUACAGUGUCACGGGAUGAGAAAAUUGUUAGUGUUAAAGGCCCAGCCCUGACCACCGUCUGCUCCAACGGUCUGUUGAAUUUCAAUGCUUGGGUUGGUGGCGCAAAGGCCAGUUCAAUCUCUGCAGUUUCCCCAGACCUGUCGCUCUCCGAGCAAACUUGUGUUGCUGGAUCUGGUGUUGGAAACUUUGCUGGCAUUUGCGCUUUUACGUGCAAGUACGGCUAUUGUCCUGUCGGAGCCUGCUACUGUACUGCCAUGGGCAAGCAGAAAAAGCUCCCAAAGGCCACUGGGGACAAAGGAUAUCCGGCCAAUGGAGAUGCUAACUAUGCUGGUUUAUGUGACUUCUCCUGCAAUUAUGGCUACUGCCCAUCUCAAGCCUGCUCCCUUGAGCAGAAGCCAGCGUACAUACCCACGAGCUCUCCCUUUAAUCCUCCUGCCUGUGUUAAAGGCUCAGGCAUGGGAAACCUGGCUGGCUUAUGUAGCUUUUCUUGCGCCUUCAGUUUCUGUCCGUCCAAGUCAUGCUCUUGCGUUGAAACUGGCCCUCUGGUCGCUCCACCGGCCCCCAAAGAUGUCAAAGGUGUCCCUGACACAGAUGACCCGUGGCAAUAUGAGCGUUUGAAAGACCUCUGUGACUUCACCUGCAGUCGAGGUUAUUGCCCCGCUGGCGCAUGCAAGAUUGACUCAGGCGAUGAUGGAUCAGAUGGUGAUGGCUCGGAGUUUGAGCAAGUCAUCAUUGACUCUGGGAUUUGGGCCAACGAGCAUCCCGCGGUGAGCUGUGGAUCGGACUGUGUCUUGGUACUGCCACCGACUACUCUUCCCACACCCACGCGUAUCACAUUUGAUGGUGGCUAUCCCACAGUGCUCAACGUGGCAUGGGAAACUCCAACAGUGACAACGUUAUCCGAUGGCAAGGUCAUAACCACGACCGCCAUAACGCACAUCUUGCAAACCACCGUAGUGGAUGUUCCUCCAAUCGUUGUGACUGUGUUGCCAAUAUGGCCAGUUACUAUCCCAUCGAAUGUCUCUAACACUACUAUCUAUCCGAUGAUGCGGAUCCCUCCUCAGACGGUCGUGAUCACAGAUGAUCCCAAUCCACUGUCACAGAGUGGUGUGACUCAUCCGGUUGUGACUCGAUCUGUCACUAUUCCCCCUUACCCCUGGAGCUCUACUCGGGCAAAGGACAAUGACAUCAAGCCGGUGAUAUACACGUCCGCUGCAGACAAGAAGAGUGGACCUCGAUGUGUCGAUAAAGCAAAAUGCGACAAGCCUUGUCUGUCACGCAUUUUCUGUGAUGGUCCCUGUUUCACGAACUGUGGCGGUGGUGGGUUCGCCGCGGCCAACGAUCCAAACCCUCUUCCAAACCCCAAUCCAGGACCCGCGGAUCCAAACAAUGAGGAUCCUGAUGAGGAUGACUGUGACGGUGAGAUUGUGACUGCCACCGAUGUCUGGGUCUCUUGCAAGACUAUUGACUCCACAUCAACUUCCUGCACGACGACUAGCAGUAAUGUCCAUACUGGAUGUCGGGCUACUGCGUCGGCCACCACAACCGCUGAUGCCACUUGUUACGUCGUUGAUCCCGAUGAGGAUCAGGGUCAAGAUGGUGGCGCUGUGACGGCCCUCGUUACCACAACCGAUCAUGAUAAGAUCACUACUGUUCAGCCGAAGCCGACGACAACCACGAGCACGGAACGGCCAGUACAAACACACAAUGUAGCUCUGGGAAUCCUGACGUGUUACUCAGAGAACAACGGUCACAUGCAGGGAGAUCGCGAUCAUUUCGCGACUCUUGAUCAGAUCAAUGCUGCGGCCAGUGCCGCUUGCCGGCAGACAUACCAAGAUUUCACCCGUUUCAAGAAAUAUAGCUCCUACGCUUACAGAGGUACUACCAGGCCUGAUUUCCAUUACGAAAUCGAAUAUUCAGGCGAACCCAACUGCCUCCCACCCACAGUUAUGGAUGGAAGAGGAGAAGAACGCGAAAAGGGGGUUCAAACAUGUAUAGAACGAUUCAGCACGGUUAUCAACAACUGUGACACGGCUGCGAAUGGACAUGACUAUUGGAAGGCGGGUGGAAGCUUCUAUCGGGAUUGUAUGACAUGGAGGAUUAUAGUGGAGCAACCACCGGUAUAG